AUGGCGUCUCGUUUCUCAAGCCUGAGAAGGCCCGUCGCCAUCGCUGCCGCCGCGGCAACCGGUGGUGUCGUCGCCUACUCAACCUUCCUCAGCGGCCGCGGCGCUCACAACUUCGACAAGGCCCUCGUCGAGCUCAAGCGCGAUAACCAGGGCAAGAUUGUUCCCCCCUCGUUCCCCGCGACGAAGGACCGCGCCUCACAGCUGGCCGACCUGCGCGCCCACAACUCCGAUGGCCAAGAGUACGACCUCCUCGUCAUCGGCGGCGGCGCCACGGGAACCGGCAUCGCUCUCGACGCCGUCACCCGCGGCCUGAAGGUCGCUCUCGUCGAGCGCGACGAUUUCUCAGCUGGAACUUCCUCCAAGAGCACCAAGCUCGUCCACGGCGGUGUUCGCUACCUCGAGAAGGCCGUCUGGAACCUCGACUACUCCCAGCUCGAGCUUGUCAUGGAGGCCCUCCACGAGCGCAAGACCUUUCUCAACGUCGCCCCGCACCUGUCUUCUUCUCUGCCAAUUCUCCUGCCCAUCCAGAAGUGGUGGCAAACUCCUUACUUCUGGGCCGGCACAAAGGCCUACGAUCUCCUCGCCGGUUCCCAGGGUCUCGAGAGCUCCUACUACGUCUCCACCAAGAAGGCCAUGGAGGCCUUCCCCAAGCUCAGAAAGGAUAACAUGGUCGGCGCCCUCGUCUACUACGAUGGCCAGCACAACGACUCCCGCAUGAACGUCUCUCUCGCACUCACCGCCGCCUUCUAUGGCGCCACCGUCCUCAACCACGUCGAAGUCACCUCUCUGGAAAAGAACUCCUCCACCGGCAAGAUCACUGGCGCGCAAGUCCGCGAUGUCAAGAACCCCGGUAGCGCCCCCUUCACCGUCCGCGCAAAGGGCGUCAUCAACGCUACUGGCCCCUUUGCCGACGCAAUCGAGUGCAUGGACAACCCGGACCGCAAGCCCAUCGUCGCCCCGGCCUCUGGUGCGCACAUUAUGCUGCCCGGUGACAUCUGCCCCAACGGAAUCGGUCUCUUGGAUGCUGCCACCUCGGACGGUCGUGUCAUCUUUGUUCUCCCCUGGCAAGGAUACACUCUGGCUGGAACCACGGAUAAUGCUGCCCCCGUCGAGCGCGAGCCCAUUGCCCGCGAGGACGACAUCAAGUUCAUUCUCAAGGAGGUCAAUAAGCUGAUUACCCCCGAGUCCGCCCUGUCCCGCGCCGAUGUUCUCUCCGCCUGGUCUGGAAUCCGCCCCCUGGUCAAGGAUCCCAACGCAAAGAACACCGAAUCCCUCGUCCGCUCCCACCUCGUCACCGUCUCCUCCUCCGGCCUCCUCACCUGCGCCGGCGGCAAGUGGACAACUUACCGCCAAAUGGCCGAAGACGCCGUCGACGAAGCCAUCAAGACCUUCAACCUCGCCCCCAAGCCCGUCUCCCUCCCCGACAUCUCCGGCGCAGGUCUCGCACCCUUCACCACAACCGGCGCCUGCAUCACCACCAAGAUCCCCCUCGUCGGCGCCCACGGCUUCUCAAAGCACCUCCCCGGCCACCUCAUCACCCACUUCGCCCUCGACGCCGACGUCGCCCACCACCUCGCCCACAACUACGGCGACCGCGCCUGGUCCGUCGCCACCACCCCCGCCGACCGCGAGCGCAUCAUCCCCAACUUCCCCUUUGUCGAGGGCGAGAUCCGCCACGGCGUCCGCGCCGAGGCCGCCCUCACGGCAACGGACCUCAUUUCCCGCCGCACCCGCCUCGCCUUCCUCGACGCCGAGUCCGCGCUCCGCGCCCUGCCGCGCGUAAUCGACGUCAUGGCCGAGGAGCUCGGCUGGGACGCCAAGCGCAAGGACCAGGAGUGGACCGAGACGGUACACUUCCUCCGCUCCAUGGGCCUGUCCCCUGAGAAGUUCGGCGUCACGCGCGACGAGGUUCUCCGCAGCGGCACCGCCACGUCGGCGUACGCGCCCAAGUCGCAGAUUGCGGCCUCAGCUAGCGGGAUCAAGUUUGCGCCCAACGAGAUCCAGGCUGGUGGUGCCCUGGCGAGAAAUAUUACCGAGGCAUAG